GGAGGUGAAAGAUUCUGGAGAGAAUGUGGCGUGCCAGAUGUAGGAACAAUUAGUGUAGAGGAUGCUGUUCGUUUUUCUAUUUUUUCCUCUACUGGAGUUGCCGAUCCAGAGGCCUGGCUUAGGAGUGAUCCCGGGCCACCUGUACCCUCAAGAUCAAGAUCAAAAUCAGAUAAACACGUCGUGAUGUCGGCAAUACUCCAGAGGUUUAUUUCGAGGUCACAGUUGAGUUUGUGGCAUAAUACAGUACAAUGGAUGUUACCAGGAGCAGAGCUUCGAGGCCUCCACACAACAGCUAUUGCAAAUAAAGCUCAAGCUGGUCGCUAUAGAGUCACUAGAGACAGAUCCAGGCCUCUUACUUAUGAAAUGGCAAACCAGCCUUUUAAGAUUGCUCAUCGAAAAUCUUGGAAUAGCUGGAACACAACAAGUUUAUUGGAGGGAAUGCGAGAACCAGAAACUGUUGUAGAGGACAUCUUUAUACGCAGGUUCAUGACAGGGACAUGGCACAACUUAUUUCUCUCAGAGGUGAUAAUCAAGAGACAACACAAUAUGGUCAGGAUUGCUGGAAUAGUCCAUCAAAAGAUAAAUGCUCAAAAAAUGUAUUUUCUUACAGGUUAUUGUGAAGAGCUUUUAUCAUAUUGGCUUAAAUGUCCUGUAAAGUUGGAAUUACAGACAGUGACAGACAAACAGGAUGUGAUUUAUAAAUAUAUAUAAUUCUUUUUUGCUGACCAAAAUUUUUUGGUUAAAAGUACUAUAUUAUUCAUUGUGAAAACUAUUUUUAUGGUUACUGUAAAUUAUGUUAUUUGUUAAUAAGUAUCUUAAAAUAGUAUGUACAAAGAAAAUACAUGUUAUAUGAGGGCAUCAGGCCCAUAGGUGGUCAAGUGCCAUUUUUUUAAAAUUAAGAAAACUACAUCUAAAGUUUAUCAACAAUAACACCACUUCUAAGAAAGAUCUCAAUUUCAACUAAGUUUCAGACAAAAGCCCUUCUCUUCAGAAUUUUUUUACAAAAAAAAAUGUAGGGUGCGUAUGGGCACUAGCUUGUAAAAUGUAACCCCACUUUAAGUUUGUGUAGAUAUUUUUAUUUUAUUUUUUUUUUUUUUUUGCAUCUGGGAUUUAAACCUUAAUAAAAUGUUUUACCUGAAGUAAAUAA